GUUGCAGCUUGGGAUGCAAAUCUUGUCACUCCACACAAACGCAUGGGGAAUGGCAGCAUUAGUUUGGAGUGCCUAUGUGAUGGAAAUUUGCAUGAGGUGCUGGUAGAAUUGGAAGGAAUGGGAGGUGGUGGAAAGAUACAGCUUGAGGUGAGGUAUAAGAGUUUUGAUGAAAUUGCUGAAGAGAGUAAGUGGUGGAGGAUCCCCAUGGUUAGUGAAUUUCUUCGGAGAUAUGGUUUUGAGCCUGCUCUGAGAAAGCUUGUUGGUUCAGAUACGGUGCAAGCACGUGAAUUUGUGCAGUAUGCCUUUGGGCAGAUAAAGUUAUUAAAUGAUGCUUACAACCAGAUGGAUUGGCUAUCAAAACUCAAUAGGUCUGGGACUGAAAAUAUUGAGAAAUCUAGCAAUGUUGUUGUUGAGUCAGCUAUAUCUGCAGAAGAGAAUAAAAAGAAUAGAGGAUACUCUAAAAUUGAUGCAAACUCUGAUAGAAACAGCAACCUACCAGAGGGUGACAUGAACAAUGGUGUUAUGGAUAAUGGGGAAACCUCUUCAGCAGUGACACAUGAUGGUGAUGCACCAGAGUCAGAUAAGCAUUUCUGGAAAAACUUUGCUGAUCUUGUCAAUCAAAAUGUUGUUCAGAAACUUGGCCUCCCUCCUCCUGAUAAAAUAAAGUGGGAUGGAUUUGACUUGUUGAAUAGGAUUGGUUUGCAGUCACAAAGAAUUGCAGAAGCAGGUUUUAUUGAAUCCGGACUUGCAACGUCUAAAGGUCAAGAUGCUAACAUUGAAGGAAGGGGACCUCUGAAUCUUAGCAACGUUGAGUCUUCAAUGGCAGAUGUUAAGAAGGUCACCCAAGAGCUAUUGCGGCAAACUGAUUCCAUUCUGGGGGCCCUGAUGGUUCUAAAUGCCUCAAUUUCACAAUUAAGCAAAGAAGGAAGUUUGUUCAGAAAGAGUGAAAAGAAAGAAGAUUCUUCUACUAAAAUGGGAAAUGAUGCCUCUCAGUAUCCCGGUAACGAAAAGUUUGUAAGCCCUCUGGAUGUACCAGAAAUGGAUGAAAAGAAAGCUGAGGAGAUGAGGGCACUCUUUUUGACGGCAGAAAGUGCCAUGGAGGCUUGGGCAAUGCUUGCUACUUCCUUGGGCCAUCCAAGUUUCAUUAAAUCUGAAUUUGAGAAAAUAUGCUUCUUAGACAACCCAUCCACUGAUACACAGGUGGCAAUUUGGCGUGAUCCAGCACGAAAAAGAUUAGUUGUUGCUUUCAGGGAACAGAACAAGUGGAAGGAUUUGCGAACUGAUUUAAUGCUAGUUCCUGCAGGGCUGAAUCCUGAGCGGAUAGGUGGUGAUUUCAAGCAAGAAGUUCAGGUUCAUAGUGGAUUUUUAAGCGCAUAUGAUUCAGUCCGGACUAGGCUUCUCUCUCUUAUUAAAUUAGCUGUGGGAUACAUGUAA